UACCGGUACUGGCGCCGUGGUAAGACCGUGGUCUCUCUCGGCGGAGAGGAAUGCAAGCUUCAAAGAAUAAAAAUACAGAAGAGGCAGAACCAUUCUACAAGCUUUCAGUGCCAAAGGAGAAGACUAGUUCUGAGAUUAUAAAUGAAGCGAGAGAUUUUCUACGAACACUGAGAACUCGGAGACCAUUUACACCUACAGAAGAGCAAAGGAGACUUUUUGGAUCUGGAUCCUCACGAGCUCCUCAAAACAGACCCCCUUCAGUUUUUAGUCUUCAUGCAUCCAGUUUUGAUUUGGCUGAAUCAAGACCAGUGUCUGGUGCUCGUCUUAGCCCACUGAAACAUAAACCGGUAUUAGUCACUUCUGCAAAAGGUGAAGAUUCUUCCAUUUUCUUUCCAAAAACUCUUGCUGAUGCUGCAGAGAUCAGAAAAGUCAGCAAUGCUCGGGCACGCUUAUUUAGAAGAGCUUCUUGGGGAAAUUUCCUUUCUGCUAAAACGGUGCCUCCUGAUCAGAAGGAAGAGAAGCUAGAUUCUGAACAACCAGCUAUGAUGAAUAAUCUUUGCAGGACUAAUAAUGACUGCUUAGCAGAGCAAAGGUCAAACACACGAUGGAAUGGUGAAAGCAGACAAUUAAUUUGUAAUGAGCGUAUCAGUGGAUUGGAGAGUAGAGACUUUGUAAAAGGGACAGCUGGAAAACUUUUGUUUCAGAUGAGAGGAGAAAGACAUGUCAACAGUGAUGGCAGAUUUGCUGAUGAAGAGCAACAGUUUCCCUGUGAGCAGAAGAAAAAGGCAGGCACGAGUCCAUCACGGCCAAGUACAGGCUGGAAGGGAAGAGAAGCAGGCUUACAAGUUGAAAUGAGAAUAAAUGAAUCAGAACAGGAGGAAAUCUUUUGGCAUUUAAAGAUUCUACCAAUUCUUCAAGAACUGGAAAAAGAAGACAAUGUAGAAAAUCUUUGUCUGGCUUGCACCAAGCUGUAUCAAGCCCUGAAUGAAGAAAAUAUGCUUGGAAAAAGAUUUAAAAGAAGAAAUAUGCUUCUGAAGAUAUUAUAUAAACUUGUAGACAUUGAUUCAGACCCACUUUGCCUGAAGUUGGCAAAGAUUAUUCUGUCUAUGAAAGUGGAUGGAAAAAAUCUUCUCCGUGUUUGCAAGCUUGCAUUUAAAAUUUGCAGGAAUGAAGAAAAUGAUUACAUCAUUCAAAAUGACGGUUUGUUGGAUUGUUUGUUGGAAGUUCUGAGAACUGAAGAUCUACAAAAAAACAAUGAAGCUCUCUUGUAUUGCAUGGGAGCUAUAAAAUUCAUGUCUGGAAAUGCAGUACUCCUUAAUGAAAUGGUGAAAAAAGGAGCUGUUGAAAUGUUGCUGCAAUUAAUGAAGCAGAUUAAUAAUAUAAAAGAAAAUGACAGCUAUUUCUCCAACUUGGGGCACCUAUUAGUCCAGCUGACAGCUACCUUGCGAAACUUGGCUGACUUGGCUCCGGCGAGACGCCAGCUCAUCCGCCGUGGUGCAGCCUCUGAGCUCUGUGUGGCGCUAGAGCAGCGCAUGAGGGAUAAGGAUGUGUGCACCUACAUUGCCAGGAUAUUCAGCAAACUUUCUUCCUACAAUGAUUUCUGCGCAGCUUUAGCAGACUGCUCCAGAUGUUAUGUCUUAUUUUUAGCCCUACUAAACAAACACCAGAAACAGCAGGAUUUGGUUAUCCGUAUUCUCUUCGUUCUUGGUAAUUUAACAGCAAAGAAUGACCAGCCCCGUGAGCAAUUUUUUCAAGAAAAAGGAAGCAUUAACACCUUGAUAUCAUUGUUCCAAACCUACCAUGAACUUGAUUUGAAUACACAGAAAUGGUACCAAGAAAAAGGAAGGGAAGAAAAAAAACAACCAAAGCAUCCUUCAGAAGCAGAAGAUGUUCUGAUAAAACUGAUAAGAGUGCUGGCCAACCUCUCCGUUCAUCCCAGCAUAGGAGCAGCUCUGGCAGUUGCCCAUCGUGUUGUAGAAUUGCUUGUUACAGUACUAGAAUACAAGUCAGUUGAUGAGUGUGAGGAGUUGGUCAUCAGUGCUGCAAUAACAAUCAGCAAUUUAUCCUACUACAAAGUGAAGAGUUCUGCUGUUCAAGACAAAAAGCUACACAUUGCUGAAAUGCUUUUAAAGCUGUUAAUGAGCAACAGUAUGGAUGGAGUUGUGGAGGCUGUCAGAGCAUUUGGCAAUCUUUCCCAGUAUCAUGAGAUCUGUGACUUCAUCAUACAGAAAAAGAUACACAAGUUCGUGAUUGCUUUGCUUGAUGCCAAAAAGCAAGAUGUCUGUUUUUCUGCCUGUGGAGUUCUGCUCAAUCUCACAAUAGAUAAGAACAAACGAGCAUUUCUGAUGGAGGAAGGAGGAAUUGGAAAGUUAGUUGACUGUUUACAAGACUUUGGGCCAUCAGAUUGGCAGCUGGCUUGUUUGAUAUGCAAAACCCUGUGGAACUACAGUGAGAAUAUCACAAGUUUGGCCUCAUGCUUUGGAGAAGAUACUGAGACGUUGCUGGUGCUGCUCACAUCACUCUUAGAUGCAGAACUAGCGCUGGAUUACAGCCUCAACGGAGAUGUAAGGGACUACCACAAACUGUAUUGGGAAAGAGAGUUCAAGCCUGUGGCAGAAAAACUUCUUGAUAGAAUUCAAAAUCAUCAAGCCUUCCAGUUGUGACUGGCUAUUACUCCAUUUUAAUCAGUCCUAUUUUUUUGGUGUUAUAGAUUGACCAGCUUUACAUUUCUAAUAUACCUGUACUUUGCCAUUGAUCACUAAGAACAAAUCACUGAGCAGGGGUUGCUGGGCUCGUGGCUGUGAUCCUGAAGGCCAGCAGCCUUGUGUUGUGCUGUGUGUGUCAGGAGAGCAAGUCUUCCCCUGGCAAUCCCCUCAGAGAGGCUGGAGGAAUUGGUUUGAGGCAGCGAUUUGGAGCAACCUCAGUGGCACUGCUGUAUCUUUGACAUUGCCUGGACCUCUGCUUCCAGGUGAGGAGAUGAAGCGAGGUUGGGAAGCACAGCUGUAGUAGAAGGGCAGGGAAACUUUCUUCAUAGUUUAGAUUCCUGCUUCUCAGGGACUUCUUUGCUGUUGAUGGAACAGGUGGAGGACAGAUUUCAUGGUCCUGGUUUUGGGAGUGGUGCAGAGGCUCUGUAAGAGCUGCUUGGUAGUCAUGAGGGCUUAAAGCCUGCAGGGGAGGGCAGCCCACACCAGUGGCCAAAGCAGCACUGUGGCUUCUCCCUCCUGCCCUGCUGUCACACACAGCUGCUGCUCUCUGCAGUGAUCACCACUCAUGAAGCAUCUGGCAACUCAACCCUUCCUUGUUUAAAGACUAACCUCACUGACUUUGGUUGCCACUGUACUUAACGGCUUUGGCUUGGUCUCUUUUGCUUAGCACCACAAACGCCUCAGCAUGCAAAAUGCCCAACCAUCUUCAGGCCUCUUCUCCAAAGUAGCAUAGUGCGUAGUUAGGGUUGGCUGCAGGUUGUGUUUACUGCUGUGGUUGAAAAUAUGACCCUAUGAAGCCAGUGGCACACACAUGCUGCAGUAUUUGCUGCUUGAGAAGGCAGAGUGUGUCUGCAGGUACCUGUGUUUGUCUGGAUAGCACAGGACAGAAACAGCCAGUUCAGGCUUCUCAGAAAUUUCCUGUCAACCUUUCACCACUCCCAGAAAGCAACUGGAGAAUCAGGUGCUUCAGAAACUCCACCUGCAGACUGGAGAAAUGCUGUGUCCUUAGGCAGGCAGAGCUUAGCUUUAUGCUGUGGCCUUACACAGGAAAGUUUUGCUCUGGCUGUGGAACAUUAAAAAUCCUGUAUUUUUAGUUAAGAGGAAACAGCAGAUGCUUCCUGUUAGUCACAUUUUUUGACAGUUUAUUAAUCUUUCUCCCCUCGAUCUUUUUAGAUAUUUUAGCUUCUUGGACUAUAAACUUAAAACUCUUCUCAGAAUGUUCUGUAUUCAGAGCAACCAGUCUGAGCUAACUGAGAAUCAGGCCAAGGGACAGGAAUCUUGAUUUCAUUCUGCUGGUGGAUUUGGGAAAAUCUGUUUCUUUCCUGCCUUAUGGAUAAGGCUCCUUACUGUAAGCAGGUGGGGUUUCUACACUCAGAGGGUAACCCCCAUCACAGCCAGCAGUAGGAGCGUGUCCAAAUGGCUUUGUCACUUGCUGGUGGCAAACCCUCCUCCUGCUGCCUGUUACCUCUUGCCAUAAAAUCCUCAGUCUAGCUGCGCAGGCCUGGUUGUCCUUCCAAUGGCAGGUGCCCUUCUGGCACCAGGCUAUGGAAAUCAGCAGCCAGAGACGGAGCUAAGUUAACUACAAGAGGAUUUUAAAAUCAGUUUAAUUCAAUUCUUAAAAUAAUAUUUAGAGCUGGUUAUUGAAAAUAGGUGACUAUAUAAAUAUACGGAUGUAAUCUCUGCCCAUUACCUGGGAGGAAAGAGAAAACCCAGUAUGACAGAGUAUUCCUCAACACAGGGUGAAGGACUAUGGGAAGCAUGAAAACACUAUACUAUAGAUUUAGAUCUUCACUGAAACUAUGUUCUUUUUAAACUGUGCUUUCUCCCAUCAUUUUAGACUCAACUGCAAAAAAUUUCCUUUUGCCGUUUCCAGUAUGUUUCCUCAGUUACCAACAGUUUACAAUGGUCUCUGAACCGUUUCCCAGUAUACCAGCAAGAACGGAAGUGCAAAGUUCAACCACGCAGAAACACCAGGAGAAAA